UCUCUCUCUCCUGCUCCAGUACUGGAGGCACAAGUUCCUUCUUCACCAACCUCAACUUCAUUUCACAGAAGGUCUGGGCUGUGUUCUGCUGCUACAGCCAUGGCACCCAAAAAGAACAAGGCGACCAAAAAGAGUAAAGGAGACACAAAUGAAAUGACUAUAAUGGUCGAGGACAGCCCCAUCAACAAGAUCAACGGGCUAAACACUCUGUUGGAAGGAGGAAACGGCUUCAACUGCAUUUCAACUGAAGUCACUGAUUCUGUGUAUGCCCCAAACUUGCUGCAGGGUUUGAGCAACAUGAGGCAGGAGAACUUCCUCUGCGAUCUAACAGUCGCCACCAAGUCAAAGUCAUUUGAUGUCCACAAGGUUAUCAUGGCCUCCUGCAGCGAGUACAUUCGAAGCAUCUUGAAGAAGGAUUCGUCCCUCCAGAAGAUCGACCUGAACGACCUCUCGCCGGUCGGCCUCGCCACAGCGAUUACAUAUGCAUACUCCGGAAAGCUGACCCUGUCGCUGUAUAGCAUCGGUGGCACUAUCGCCGCGGCCAUGCUGCUGCAGAUUGGCACCUUGGUGAAGAUGUGCAGUGAUUUCCUCAAGCAGGAGCUCAGUGUGGAGAACUGCAUGUAUGUGGCCAACAUCGCCGAUGCCUAUGACCUCAAAGAAACCAAGGAGGCAGCUCAGAAGUUCAUGCGGGAGAACUUCAUCGAGUUCUCUGAGAUGGAGCAGUUCCUGAAGCUCACAUAUGAGCAGAUCAGCGAUUUCCUCUCAGACGAUUCUCUGCAGCUUCCCUCCGAGAUCACGGCCUUCCAGAUCGCCAUGAAGUGGUUGGACUUUGACGAGAAGAGGUUGAAGUAUGCGGCGGAUCUCCUAACUCUCAUCCGCUUCGGCACCAUCUCUGCCCAAGACCUGGUGAAUCAUGUCCAGAAUGCGCCUAGAAUGAUGCAAGACCCCGAGUGCCACCGUCUCCUUGUUGAUGCCAUGAAUUACCAUCUGCUGCCAUACCAACAGAACAUCCUCCAGUCACGCAGAACAAAGGUGCGCGGUGGCGUCAAGGUGAUAUUCACAGUUGGUGGACGCCCUGCCCUGACAGAGAAAUCUCUCAGCAAAGACGUCCUCUACAGAGAUGCAGAUAAUGUGUGGAAUAAAUUGACAGAAAUGCCAGCAAAGAGCUUCAAUCAGUGUGUGGCAGUCUUGGAUGGCUUCCUGUAUGUGGCAGGUGGUGAGGACCAGAAUGACGCAAGGAACCAGGCUAAACAUGCUGUCAGCAACUUCUGCAGAUUUGACCCCCGCUUCAACACUUGGAUUCACUUGAGCAACAUGAUCCAGAAGCGCACACACUUCAGCCUCAACAUCUUCAACGGCCUCCUGUUUGCCAUCGGAGGGCGAAACGGUGAUGGUGUUCAGGCCUCUGUGGAGUGCUAUGUGCCCUCCUCCAACCAGUGGCAGAUGAAAGCUCCCAUGGAGGUGCCCCGCUGCUGUCACGGCAGCUCCCUUAUCGAUGGCAAGAUCCUUGUAUCCGGAGGCUACAUCAACAACGCCUACUCCAGGGCUGUGUGCUCGUAUGACCCCUCCACUGACACCUGGCAGGAAAAGAGCAGUCUGAGCACACCUCGAGGCUGGCACUGCGCUGCCACCGUGGGAGACCGAGCGUAUGUCAUCGGUGGCAGCCAGCUGGGAGGUCGUGGGGAGAGGGUGGAUGUCCUCGCCGUCGAGUCUUACAACCCUCAAAGCGGGCAGUGGAGCUACUGCACGCCUCUUCUCACAGGAGUGAGCACGGCUGGUAUUUCCAUUUUGAACAACAAGGUCUAUCUCCUCGGAGGCUGGAACGAGGGAGGGAAGAAGUACAAGAAAUGCAUUCAGGUUUUCAACCCUGACCUCAAUGAAUGGACUGAGGAUGAUGAAUUACCAGAAGCAACAGUCGGCAUUUCAUGCUGUGUUGUCACCAUACCCACAAGGAAAACACGAGAGUCCAGAGCCAGUUCAGUGUCUUCUGCACCAGUCAGUAUAUAAAAGUGUAGAUAGUAAUAAUGUAGUUUAAAUGUCUAAAGAUCUCCAGCAUUUCUGUUGAAUAAAUCUUUGUUCUAAACUCUACCAACAGUUCCUUUUUUGGGACGAAGAUGAUGUUUAAAUGGUCAACUUUCUUCAGAUGAGAUAAAGAUAAUAAAAUGGAAGGAUUUGGGAACACUCCAUUUAUUGAAAGCAAUUUGAAGCCUUGAAAUGCAUUUUCAGUAUUUAUAGUUUAACAAUUGGUAUAAUGGGCAUCACGAAGGUCAUUUAUGAUAGAGAAAAUGUUUAAUUUACGUAGCAAUAAAAUAAAAUGUUAUCAAUUUUAGACAGAAAUUUACCUUUGGGGCCAAUUCAGUUGAGAUAAUAUCAUUAGCCCUUUUUCUAUAACAAAUAUAAUGUUAUUUAAAACUCAAAUGAAAGGUAUAAAGACGCAAAAUCACUGUUGUUGUUGAGAUUAAUCUGUAACAUGGUUGUCUUUUUUAUCCAGUGUUUGCAACACAGCUAUUGCCGUUGAAGGACUUUGUGACAGUCCUGUUUAUGUCAACUAUAGCUCCUGUGAUUCUCAGAUACUUGAACAGAAUGAUGAGCCGGAGCUGAAAUAAGUAUUGCCAUCACCUACCAGGAGUAGGAGUAGUAAGGCCGCAAUUUCUCUACAUGUGUCUCAUGUAGUGGUCUUGUGUCGUAUGUUGUGUGAUUGUCAAAAACACUAUCAGUGCAAAGAAAUGGAUCUGUUGGGAAAAUGUUGGAAGUGAUGAGGGUUGAAUGGGUUUAGUUGUGACAGCAAUAAAAUAUUUUGUAAAAAAGAAAAAUAGAAGUUGGGAACGAUGUUGUCAGCCUGAGCUUCCUGGAAUUCAUGGAUUCCCUGACUGCUCAUGUCUUUUCAUUUAUUUGUUUCUUUUUAAAUUAAAGAGUUGAAGCUUC